GCCCCGCGUAGAACGAAUUACAGUAGUCAAGCCUGGAGGUGACCGUCGCAUGGAUCACUGUGGCCAGGGCGGGACGGUAAAGGUAAGGGACCAACUGCUUGAUGUGGCGAAGGUGGAAAAAUGUCGCCUAAGAGGAAGGCAGGCUUGGCAAACCCUCCCCGCGAUCAGCUCCUGCCCGGAAACCUCCGUCCCCGCUGGGGAAGGACGGGGGGAUCCAGAACUGGCCUCCGCAGUCACUUGCUGUGUUAAAGCCCUGCUUAUGGAAAGCAGUCUUGCUCGGCUGCGAGGGAUCGUCGAAGAAGAAGGAGGCGGCGGCCCUCGGUCCCUCCCCGUCGCUCUCGGGCUCCACCUGACCGGCGCUGGGCUGGGCUGGGCGGAGCGAGAGGGCGGCGAGGAGCGGCCAUGGCGGCGCACCUGAACUCGGGCCGGGUCAACCUGAUGGCGCUGCGGGAGGCCGGCCGCAAGGAGCUGCGCGAGUUCCUCGACAAGUGCGCCGGAUCCAAGGUCGGCCUCGCUCUUCCCUUCCUCUCCCCCCGGCCGCGCGGCCUGCUCCUCCGCCUCCUCCUCCUCGGGAGGCCGCGGCCUGCUUUGGGCCCCAGUCGCGAAGCCAGGGCGCCUCACAAAAGGAGGGCAAGCGAAGCGCACAGCUGGCAGCCCCGCAAAACCCACGGAGAACGAAACUUGCAAGCCGAGAGGAGGAGCCGGGCUUCGGCGGGGCCGGCAGGAAAUGGCUCCUCCCCUCGAGGCUUCUCCCGGGCUGGGCUCUGGGCCGGGGCUGGUGCCUCAAGAACUCUCCGUCGGGAGGCUGCCGCGGCCUCUUCGCCGGUCCUCUGCCUCGCCCCCGUCCCAGGCCUUGGAGCUGUCUCCACCUUCCCCAUAAGUUAGAUCAAAAAACAAAAGGCUUCUCAAUUAAAAAGAAAUAUUACGAGCACACACAGUUUUCCAUUUUAAAUUCACUUAAAUUGUCACUAAAAUGGGCUUUAUUUCUGUUGCCCUAAUGCUGAAAACAUUUAUGAAAAAAUUUAAAAUGCCGUUUUAAAGCCCCCCCCGAAAAAACCAGUACAUCUGGGGUCUAAAAAUACCACUGUAUGUAAAUUCUAAUGAGCCUAGUUAGCUUUAUUUCUUAAAAAACAUGCACAGAAUUCAGCUGUAAAAUGGUGCAUACAUACAGACAUGCACUAGCCUUCUCACAGGGCCUUAAGACCUCAAUGAAGCUUACUCUACUAAGGUUAUAGAUUCAGGUAGGUUGCCAUGUUGGUCUGAUGCAGUAGAAAUAUAUAAAAAUAAUAAUAAAAUUGUCCAAUAGCACCUUAGAGACCAACUAAGUUUGUUCUUGGUAUGAGCUUUUGUGCGCUUGCACACUUCUUCAGAUACACUGAAACCGAAGUCCCCAGACCUAUAUAUAUAGUGAGAGGGUGGGGAGGGGGAUUACUCAGAAGGGGGGUGGGAGAUGGGUCAUUGCCUGAUAGGUAAACCUGUUGACAACUGUUAAUGACUGUAAUUGGUCUUACAGGAAAAUGCAAGGGGUGAGAUGGCCAAAAAUAGCUUUAUACAGUGGUACCUCUGGUUACAGACGCUUCAGGUUACAGACUCCACUAACCCAGAAAUAGUACCGCGGGUUAAGAACUUUGCUUCAGGAUGAGAACAGAAAUCGUGCUCUGGCAGCGUGGUGGCAGCAGGAGGCCCCAUUAGCUAAAGUGGUGCUUCAGGUUAAGAACAGUUUCGGGUUAAGAACGGACCUCCGGAACGAAUUAAGUACUUAACCCGAGGUACCACUGUAAUGUGCUUUGUGUAGCUAUUUUAGUAUUAUUAUUAUUAAAAAAUUAUUGCACCCUGUACCAGUAGAUCUCAGGGUACUUCACAACAUAAAACUCCAAUAUAAAAAACACAAAAUACAUAUUAAAAAUAAGAACAAAGACAACCCAAUAAUUCCUCUUCCACAACACACUUAAAAGGGCAUUUUAACUAACAGGAUGUCAGUUAGUCAAAGGCCUGGUUAAAGACGAACAUUUUUGCCUGGUGCCUAAAGGUGUAUCAUGAAGGCACUAGCUGAACCUCCCUGGGAAGAGCAUGAUCUUUCAGAUGUACUUUCAGAAUCUACUGCUUAAUGUUUUCAUACAUGCCCACGCAGUGAUGGGGUUUGCACAUAACACUAAGCCAAACCAUGACUUGGCACAACCAAACCUGCAGGUUUCCAGGGAGAAGAUGGCAGCUACUUUGCUCUUCCAUCCUCUGGUCUUAAAGUUGCUUCAGUGCUGUGAGCUAAGCCAUGAUUUGGCUUAGCGCUGUGUCUGAACCUGAGCCUAUAGUUUAUUUUGACAAACCAUAAGCUAUAGCGAAGGUUUGUUCUCGGGCAAUGGUAAAAAAGCAAACAAAACCCCAAUCACCUGAAAAUUGCUGUCUGUCUUAAAUGAUUUUUCUGUCUGUUUAGCAAUUCGAAUGCACUGGGCUAGAUAUUAUAUAUGGAAUGCAAAAUUGUAUUACCUUUUGUUUCUUAUUGUAUUACACUGUAUUAAAAAUACAAUUAAGAUCAAUGUGAAUAUUGAUGUGAAAAACAUAAUUAAAGAUCAAAAUGGAUAUUUAAAUGUGAUGGGUGUCAUGGACCUCCUGAAUGAACUGUGGAUCACAGUUUGGCAGCUCCUGUUCUGUAGCUUACCUUCAAGGGGGAAAUGAAGCAGGAGCCUAGGUUCAGAGGUGUAGAUGAAGGGCAGUCUAGAAAUACAAAUAAUGAAGUUUCUCUGCAUAGAAUUGUCAGAGACUUUCCCUCUACCCCACUCACUUCUGUAUAUUGGAUGUAGCUUGAAAUGUCAGCUGAUUCUCUGCUUUCCUCUUCAUAGGCCAUUGUGUGGGAUGAGUAUCUUACAGGUCCAUUUGGGCUGAUUGCACAAUAUUCACUUCUAAAGGUAGGAUUGGGCAAUUUUUUUAAAAACUAUUAAGUCUGAUUUUUGCCAUAAAUAGUGUGUUUUCCUAUUGAGAGUUUUAUCCAGUAGGUGUGAAGAAAAUGUUUUUGGUGUUCUAGGUGGGUAGUUAUUCCACCUAAACACCAAGUUUACAAAACACAAGGAUAGAUGCUCCCAGUAGUGAGUUGACCAUAAAUCCAUUCUUUUCUCAUAUAUAUAAACUUCUAAAGACUAAAAUAAGAUUGCACAUUCUUAUUACUUUUGUCUCCUUCCAGGAACAUGAGGUGGAGAAAAUGUUCACUCUCAAACCAGGCCGCCUCCCACCUGCAGAUGUCAAGAAUAUUAUUUUCUUUGUCAGACCAAGGCUAGAACUCAUGGACAUAAUUGCUGAAAAUGUGCUCAGGUAGAGUAGCUCUCCAGACCUACCUUUUUGCUUUCUGCAGUCUGAGUAGAAACUUCAUGGUUACCUUACUUGUUUUCCUUGACUGAAACUCAGGUGACAUCACUUAUGAACUUGGUUCAGAAUAUUGAAGGCCAACUUCUCACUUUAACUGGUAGUUUCUGUAUUUCUUAAGGUAUCUCCUUGUCUCCUUUCUAGUGAAGACAGAGUCCGUUGUCCACAGAGGGAUUUCCACAUCCUGUUUGUGCCACGCCGCAGCUUGCUGUGUGAGCAGCGACUGAAGGAUCAAGGCGUUCUGGGCUCCUUCAUUCACAGAGAGGAGUACAGCCUGGACCUCAUUCCAUUUGAUGGAGACCUAUUAUCCAUGGAGUCUGAAAGCGCCUUCAAAGUCAGUAUUGGGUUUCUUUGCAUAGGGUAGCACAGUGUGGGGUAUAUUUCUAAACUGGCUGCUGAUAGCCCCCAGUUGGCACCCCAAUGCUCAGUCAUAGGAGUCAUUAGUUGGCAGUGGCUUUGGCUUCCUAUUGACUUGAGGUCUAGACUGGAACCAGAUCUUCUGCAUACCCCACCACCUCAGUGCUAUAAGGAAAGCAACUAUUCUCUGUGUUGUACGACAAGGUCAUGAGCUUCAGCUGCAAGGAAACAGAUCUAGGUUUCAUAUUAAGAGGGUCACUUCCUUCUUCCCACGCAUUAAGAACUGUUUCAGAGGCCCUUCUCUUGAGUUUUGGUAACCAGGAAGAGAGCUGCCUUCUGAGUGUUGAUUAUUGGUUGAUCUUCCUAGAGCCAUAGGUGAAAAUUUCACCUAGGCCUUCAACUGAUUUUAGUGCUGCUCUGUUAAGGUGUGUUAAGUGUUUUUUUUGGUCAUACUGUUUUUUUAUAUAAACUGAUUUGAAAAAAUUGAUUUAAAAGUAGGGUAUGUAUAUUCUAAUAUGACAAAUACUAUGGAAACCCUCUUCGACAUUGACAAUUAAUUAGCUGGUGGCUGCCUUCUGCUUGGAGGUUUUUAAAAGGAAGCUGGCCAAUAUAUAUAGUACAGUAUAUAGUAAUCAAUUACAGCUAAUUUUACCACCUUGGGGGUGUUACAGUAUGUGUCUGAACUCACAUGCGUGUCCACCACUCCCAUGUAUUCAUACACACACUGUCAAAGAAGAUUGGGAUCUUUUGCUAGCAUCAUAAUGUGUGUCUGUUUAUGAACAUUUGUUUGCCUCCAUUCCUGCCUAAAUAAAACUGACACCUGAUACUUUUUGUUUGGGGCUGGUGAUCCUAAAGACCUGUUAACUGCCAGAUGGGCAACCCAGUAAUUCUUAGAGGUAAACAAAUGGCUUUACAGUAAGAUUAUUGAGAGACAUUGACAAAGAAAGCUUGCUUUAUUAUAUGAAAUGAAAUUGAGAGAAUAUAUAAAUGCUGUUUCAGACAGUAAAAUUACAAUUUAAGCAGGCAGCAACUACUAGUCUCAACCUACAGAAGUGAGUGUGACAAUUUUGGCAGCAGGACCCACACGGCCAGUAAGUUAAGAAAGGGAGGGGAGAAAGAGUAUCCCUGUCCUUAACUGUCCUUAAUACGUGUGUGUUCAUUUCUUGUGAUCACUGAAUGAAGGUCUUCUGUGGAGCUAGGAGAGCCAGCAGAAUAAAUUCCGUUUGACACACACACACCUAUUAGCACAAGGAAGCACUUUGUCAUCUGUGCCAGUUUUCUGAUCCUGUUUAUUUAAAGUACAGUGUUUAUAGGAUGCCUUUUUAUUUUCAGCUUACUGCUGUAAGCUGAGGAUACCACCUGCAUCCUAAGUUUCUUACCAUGCUUUCUUUGUCUUUUUUUAAAAUAUAGGAGUGUUACUUAGAAAAUGACCAGACCAGCCUCUAUCACGCAGCAAAGGGGCUCAUGACACUCCAGGCACUUUAUGGAACAAUCCCACAGAUCUUUGGGAAAGGGGAAUGCGCAAGGGUAAAUAUGAUCUAGAACGCCUCCCUUGUCUGCCAUUUCACUGUGUGAAUGCCUCUUUGUAUGGACAACAAUCGCUUUGGAAUUGCUCUACUUUUUUCUUUCUUUUCUUAACCCUGCUUAUAUAUAAAGAGGCAUGUGGUCUUUAAUGUCUAAUGAAUCCACACACUCUGUGUUAUAGUGAAUGGGUGUGUGGGUGUAUGAGGUGUAUAUGAGAGACAUGAAGAAGAUGAGGCUGCGGAUUUUGGUUAUUCUGCCCCUGUCCUUGGAGGCUGAGGAGCAGCAGUCAGUCUGGGUCUGUCUCUUGCACAAAGGGGAUGACAGAACACCAAUCUAGAGCUUGGCUCACCACCGCAGGAAGUGAGAGGUGCAUAUACAAAGAUGUCUGCAAUGUUUGAUGUGUUACUUGCUUCUUGUAGCCUGAGUCAUAAUCUUCCAAACGCUUCUUUCUUCAGCACGUGGCAAAUAUGAUGAUCAGGAUGAAGCGGGAGUUUUCUGGGAGCCAGAAUCCAAUCUUCCCAGUCUUUGAUACCCUCUUGCUGCUUGACCGCAACAUAGACUUGAUGUCACCUCUGGCCACACAGCUGACUUAUGAGGGGCUUAUUGAUGAGAUAUACGGAAUUCAGAAUAGUAAGUUAGCAGCUGUGACCAGGAUGUAACAAAAUUUCUGAGUAAUUGGUUCUCAGAUGGAAAAAGACCCUUUCUUAGACCAGUACAUCUUUAUUCUCUCUUCUCAUUGUAGUGGACAGUUUCUUCUUACCGGUCACAUCCUUUCCUUAGUCAGGGAGUAGGUAAGCAGUUCUGUUCAGAGAAGGGACAACAAUCCCCAGUAACAGGUUUUUUCUCAGCUUCCUCACGAUAUGCCAAUUGGUCUUUUGUUGUCAUUGUCCCCUUUCUUUUCCCCCAGCCAAGGAAGGCUACUCCUCUUCCUUGUAGGUCUUCUGCUUUUCUUUCUUUCUUUCUUUCUUUCUUUCUUUCUUUCUUUCUUUCUUUCUCAGAGGAUUUUUCAGGGUCUCCCCCUCUCGUGCCCUUAAGCAGCAUUUUAGAGACACUGGGGAUGAGAGAAUGACCCCAGUUCUUGUCUAUUGCAGAACCUGUGGCUCUCCAGCUGUUGUUGGACUGCCCCAACCGGGAUGGUCCAAAAGCACCUGGAGGGCCACAGGGCCCCCAUCCCACCAAGUUUUCUAACAGCAGUUUAGUAACUCUCAUUUAUUUCACCUGACUUAAUGGGAAAGUAUUUUGCUCUUUUGUCCAGUGGUAUUAUCUGGUAUGGAAAGUGUUCCACAAGUGGGCAGCAGAGGAGAAGAGGGGAAAUAAGAUGCUUCUCCUGGAUCAGUUUCAGUUGGGAAAAAUGAAAACUGGUGCCCCUCAAGAGCCAGCUUGGCACUUGCCAAGUGACAGCUCAGUUUCCUUAUUUCCCAGUGUUUAUUCCUCUGUGUGUUGGAAAGCCAAGUCAGCUCUGUUUUCUUUGGCUUGUAUUUUGGCAGCUUACGUGAAACUCCCUCCAGAAAAGUUUGCCCCCAAGAAGCCGGGGGAGGGUGGCAAGGAUCUCCCCACAGAGCCCAAGAAGCUGCAGCUGAAUUCUGCUGAGGAGCUUUAUGCAGAGAUCCGGGACAAGAAUUUCAAUGCUGUGGGCUCUGUGCUGAGCAAGAGAGCCAAAAUAAUCUCAGCCGCAUUUGAGGUAAUCGACCUGUGUUAUCUUAUCCCCACAGAUGAGUCCAGAUUCAACUGGCUUGUCCAUUCAGCCUCAGAAGUGUUCCAUAUACACCUUGCAGUUGCAGGAUGCUGGUCAAAUCAGUAGUCAGAUCUGCACUUUUGCUUCAGCACUAGUCUUGAUCAAGGCUGUGUGUUCUGUAAAAACAAUGAAAAUUUGUGCCUGUGCAAUCCAAAUCCCGCACCAAGAAGAAGAACCUGAAUCAGCAACAUAUAUGUGUUAUGCAUAUAAGUAUAUAGAUCUACACAAUCUAUACUUCCACAUUUUGUUUUUGUUUUUUUAUAAAUGAUAUUUAUUAAAGAUACAUGAAAGUACAGAAUAAAGAAAAAGUAUAAAGUUUUAAGAUAUAACAAAAACAGUAAAAAAUAAGAAAAAAAAACAUACAAAAUAAAACAGUUAAAAACACAAUAAUGUUCCAUAGCCUAUCUUCCUUACUCUUAUUUCCCCGGACCUCCUCAUACCUCCCUUCUUUGUAUUCCAAUUCAAUUUGUUGGUUCAGCAAAUCCUUACCAUUAAUCUUUUACCCAAUUGUUAACCUUUUUUUCCAUGUCUCUUAAAGCAUUACAGCUAAAACCUCUUAGUUUCUAUCCAACAUCCUUCUAAAGUUCCUUAAUUUUGCAAUAUUUCUGUAAAUAGUCCUUAAAUUUCUUCCAGUCUUCUUUCACCGACUCUUCUCCCUGGUCUCGGAUUCUGCCAGUCAUUUCCGCCAGUUCCAUGUAGUCAAUCACCUUCAUCUGCCAUUCUUCCAAAGUGGGUAGAUCUUGUGUCUUCCAAUACUUUGCGAUAAGUAUUCUUGCUGCUGUUGUAGCAUACAUGAAAAAGGUUCUGUCCUUCUUUGGCACCAGUUGGCCGACAAUGCCCAAGAGAAAGGCCUCUGGUUUCUUCAGAAAGGUAUAUUUAAAUACCUUUUUCAGUUCAUUAUAUAUCAUUUCCCAGAAAGCCUUAAUCUUUGGGCACGUCCACCAAAGGUGAAAGAAUGUACCUUCAGUUUCUUUACAUUUCCAACAUUUAUUAUCGGGCAAAUGAUAAAUUUUUGCAAGCUUGACUGGGGUCAUGUACCACCUGUAUAUCAUUUUCAUAAUAUUCUCUCUUAAGGCAUUACAUGCCGUAAACUUCAUACCUGUGGUCCAUAACUGUUCCCAGUCAGCGAACAUAAUAUUAUGUCCAACAUCUUGUGCCCAUUUAAUCAUAGCAGAUUUCACCGUUUCAUCCUGAGUAUUCCAUUUCAACAGCAAGUUAUACAUUCUUGACAAAUUUUUAGUUUUGGGUUCUAACAAUUCUGUUUCUAAUUUUGACUUUUCCACUUGGAAGCCUAUUUUCUUAUCCAAAUUAUAUGCCUCCAUUAUCUGAUAGUAGUGGAGCCAAUCUCUCACUUUAUUUUUUAAUUUUUCAAAACUCUGCAGUCUCAAUUUAUCUCCUUCUUGCUCCAAAAUUUCCCAAUAUGUCGGCCAUUUGGCCUCCAUAUUGAGCCUUUUCAGAGCUUUUGCUUCCAUUGGUGACAGCCACCUUGGGGUUUUAUUUUCCAAUAAGUCUUUGUAUCUUAUCCAGACAUUAAACAAUGCUUUCCUAACAAUAUGAUUUUUAAAUGCUUUGUGUGCUUUGACCUUAUCAUACCAUAAAUAUGCAUGCCAUCCAAAUACAUUGUUAAAACCUUCUAAGUCCAAAAUGUCUGUGUUUUCAAGAAGUAGCCAUUCUUUCAGCCAGCAAAAAGCUGCUGAUUCAUAAUAAAGUUUAAGGUCUGGCAGGGCAAAUCCACCUCUUUCCUUGGCGUCAGUUAAUAUCUUAAAUUUUAUUCUGGGCUUCUUGCCCUGCCAGACAAAUCUAGAAAUAUCUCUCUGCCACUUCUUGAAACAGUCCAUCUUAUCUACAAUUUGUAAUGUCUGAAACAAAAACAACAUUCUAGGCAAUACAUUCAUCUUUAUCACAGCAAUACGGCCCAGCAACGAGAGUUUCAAAUUUGACCAAAUUUCUAAAUCUUUUUCACUUCCAUCCAACAUUUUUCGUAAUUAUCUUUAAAUAAGUUCCCAUUUUUGGCUGUCAUAUUAAUCCCCAAGUAUUUCACUUUCUUUACCACAUUCAAUCCUGUCUCAUUCUGAAACCUCUCUCUUUCAAUCGGUGUUAAGUUUUUCUCUAAAACCUUAGUUUUUAACUUGUUCAGUUUAAAACCUGCCACCUGACCAAAUUCCUGAAUUAAAUCUAAAACUCUUUUAGUACUAGAUUCUGGCUCCUGUAACGUCAAUACUAGGUCAUCUGCAAAUGCUCUCAAUUUGUACUGUUUAGCUCCGACCUGUAUGCCCUUAACCAACCGGUCCUUUCUAAUCAUAUUUAGCAAAACCUCCAGGACCGAUAUAAAAGCAGUGGGGAAAUUGGGCACCCCUGUCGUGUCCCUUUUUCUAUCUUAAAUUCUUCCGUAACCACAUUAUUUACAAUUAAUUUAGCCUUUUGUUCAGAGUAUAUUGCACCUAUACCAUUUUCAAAACCUUGGCCUACCCCCAUCCCAUGCAGAUUCUUCUUCAUAAAACUCCAAGAGAUAUUAUCAAAAGCUUUCUCCGCGUCAACAAAUAUCAAUACUGCUUUGGUGUUUAUAUUCACUUCUAAUUUUUCCAAAAUAUCAAUUAUAUUCCUCAAAUUAUCAGACAGGUGUCUUCCCGGGAGAAAGCCCGCUUGGUCUUUAUGAAUCUCUUUCAUCAAUAUUUUUUCAAUCUCUUGGCCAAAAUGUCUGCAAAAAUUUUGUAAUCCACAUUAAGUAACGAUAUAGGGCGAUAGUUCUUAAGCUGAGUCUUUUCAGUCUCUGUUUUCGGUAUAAGUGUGAUAUACGCCUCUUUCCACGAUUCUGGUGCCCUUUUCCCCUCCAAUAUUUCAUUUAUACUUCCACAUUUUGUACCCUUCUAGUUUUACUGCUUAUGAAGAGAGACAAUAAGUUAUGGAAGACACUGAAGCCCUCCCCAUUAGCUUCUGAGAAUUCAGAAAGCACACUUUUGAACAUGUCAUUACAGUCAUAAGACAUGGAAACUUGCUUGUAUAUUAAUGAAAGCUGAGGUUCUUAGGGAACUGAAUCCUACCCCAAUUCCAUACUACCAAGGCAUACAUGUGGACUUUCCUAUGGCAUGUUGGAAUCAGAUGUAUCUUCUUGAUGUCACAUAUCUCAUGGGAUGGUGUAGCCAUAUAAUAAUUUGGGCAAGCGGCUUUGUCCUUGCAGUCACAAAUGUGUGUGCUUCCAUGUUGUGCAGUUUCAGGAAAUUCCAUCAUGCCUGGCCUAGCAUGAUAGUACAUAAAAGCAUAGAUGACUUGAGUUCUGAGCUGUGUAAUCUGGCCACAUUUUCUGCAUUUCUUUCUGCUCCUUUAGAAGGCCAGACCAGCUCACUUGCCUAUUGAAAGAGGAACCAUUUAAAAUUGAGUGCUAUAAUUGGCACUUUUAUGUUGGAAGAACAAGAGAGAGUGCAAGGUUGUCAGAUAUAAUAGGUGAUAAUGAAACAGCAGCUUGUGAGUAGCAAAAGGCUUAUUAAUGGCAUACUUCAUUAUUAUCUUCCUGCCUGGGCUUGCCAUUCAUAUAGUUUACACUUCAACCAAAUUCCACUUUUCAAUAAAUGUGUUUGGAUGUGUAGUUCUUUCUUGUUGGUCUGAUAGAAACUGGAAGCGGAAUACAUACAUCUGGAUUGUCCUUAUUAAUAGGUCAUUAGACACCUCUGGCAAUCUAGUCCUUAGAGUUAAGCUCUGUGCUUUUCAUCGUUACUGAGAUAACAAGAUUUAUGUCUCUUCAGGAAACAUCCUUAUGGACUCAGAUAAUUUCGCACUUCAUUAUGUUGGACCAAUUUAUUUAUUUGGAUCAUUUAUAACCUGCUUUUCAAUCAGGGUUCUCAAAAUCAAAGAGCAAAAUUUAGAAACAAAAUAAACGUAAAAUCAAUAAAAUGCAAACAUCCAAACAAAGGGACAAUUUGUAACCAUGAGAGUGCAUGGUGGUCAUUAAAGAAGGCACAUGUGUUCUAGUAAUUUGGCAGGGGCGCAUCUUGGAGGUUUUCUUUCCACUCUGUCAUGAGCUCGGUGUGAAUUACAAUGUCUCCUGCUGGUUUCAUAUUUGAAGUUCAUUAGGUUAGAGAAGAGUUUUACUCUGCUGGGGCCGGUAUCCAACCUGGUCACACUCACCCCAGGCAGCUCCUGAUUCAGCACAGUUUCCACUGCCCCACAGGCUUUUUUGGUGUUAGAAAAGGAAGAAUGUUUUUAUGAUGUGUAAAACUGCAACAUGCAUGAAAAGAUGCCAGUUAGUUAGAAAUGGUUAGAUAGGAAAUUGCUCAUGCUGCCAGAGCUUGCCAUUCAUUUAGCAGUUUUACACUGCAAAACUGAUUAUGCAACAAAGAAAGAUUAUUGGAUGGGGAACUGGAUAUUCUCUUAUCAGCAGCAUAACUAUUUUUUUCCUUAACUGAAAAUAGUGAACAUUGUAAAGGAGACACAUAAGAUUUCCAUGUUCUCUUGGGGAUUGACUCUAAACUGUUAUCUGCUGGGCCUGUUUUCCUAGGAAAGACACCAUGCUAAAACUGUUGGAGAGAUCAAACAGUUUGUCUCACAGCUGCCGCACAUGCAAGCAGCAAGAAGCUCUUUAGCUAACCACACUUCUAUUGCGGAACUCAUCAAAGAUAUCACUAGUGAGUUUUUACUUAUUUAUUUAUUUAUUCAUUCAUUCACUCACUCACUCACUCACUGCCUUUCCCCCAGAUGGGACUCAAGGUGGCUUACAGAAUAUUCCAGCUAUAGCUUUAAUAAAUUCCCUGUGGAUAAGCUGCCAGUGGCCAGAUAUCAGCACUGUUCUUGACUGAAAACUAUUUUCAAAUGCAGCGUGUUCAUUUACUGUUUUUCAUUAUUUAUUUAAGCAUCAGAAGACUUCUUUGAUAACUUAACAGUGGAACAAGAGUUUAUGUCAGGAAUAGACACUGAUAAGGUAGGUGAAAAUGCUCUUAAAAUAGUCCCCCCCCCCCAUUGUUAUCUAGUAUCUCUUGGAAUAAUGGUGGGUGUCCUUUUUGCUAAAUGGAACCUGUUUCUGUUCCACUGAAUCUUCUGGAAGCUAAACUUCCUUGGUCCAACAUCCUCAACACCAGCUGCAGCUGCAGUCCUUCUGCCCCAGAUUGCAACCACUCUUAUUGAUGAAGAAAAACUGCUCACCAAAAAUUGCAUCCUGUUUUGUGCUGGUUUCACUUUGAUGCAAAUUGUUCUUGACAUUGUGAUGGAGGAGGUUCCAUGUCCACUUUUACAUCCCUACGAAUAAGAGCUAAACAUUUUGUUUCACUACCAUUUCAAAAGUUGGUGUAGUUUUGUUGGUUUGAUUUUUCUGUUUAGGUCAACAACUACAUUGAAGACUGUAUUGCCCAAAAGCAUCCCCUGAUCAAGAUUUUAAGACUCAUUUGUCUGCAGUCAGUGUGCAACAGCGGACUGAAACAGAAGGUCCUGGAUCAUUAUAAGAGAGAGAUUCUCCAGGUUAGCCGAAUCAAAUAUAGAUCACUCUUGGGAGAACCUUAUGCACGAUUGUUUAGUGGGGAAACUCAAGUCAUCGGGCCAGCUGCUGGUUAACUCAUCUCAGUAAUUAAAACCUAAUGUCAAGGUUGAUGUAUUUAUAUUCUAUUGAUAGGGUAUAUUUUGUAUUUGCAUAGCAUUUUUUUAAAGGAUAAUAAUUAAAAAGAGAAACAAACAUGGUUAAUAGUUUAUUGAGAUUUUGCAGUCUGCUAGUUCAUGCUGCCCUUUUCCUCCCCUGGAACAAGUGAGAGCAACAAGCCAGGCAACCUUGACUUAUCAAUAUAUGAACCAUGGUUGUGGUUUUUUCCUUUUGUAUAAACCAUGAUUGCAAAAGCAGGAACAGUGGCUUCAUGUUCGUUGUUUAUUCAGGAGAAACAAACCACAAUUCCAGGUUCAGACAUAAUGAUAACUUAAGGCUUCAUGGCUCACACCGAGGAAGGAGCAAAGCAAGAACUUUUUGGGACUGUGUACACUGCUCGAUCCUGACAUUGCCAUUGACCCAUGACUUAGUGUUACAUGCAGAUGAGGGCAUUGCAUUUUUAAAUGGAAUGUUACCUCUGCAGGAUUGGGUGGCACAGAAGAAAAACUUCUUAAAAAUAUCAAGAAAUGUUGUUUUUGCCCAAUCUAUAGCUAUCUAUCUUGGUUCAAUCUAGACUUGCUCAGCUCCUGUUUUUAUUUUUCACUGUGUUCUUAGCUUUAAAUCAAAUGGUUUAUUGAUUGAAAUCUUGGGCUACAGCACUAUGUAGACUUACCUUGGAGGAAUUCCGUUUGAUCACAUUGACUCCUACAACAUACAGUCAUACCUUGGAUCCCGAAUGCCCUGGAACUCAGACUUUUUGACUCCCAAAUGCCGCAAAUCCAGAAGUGAUUGUUCCAGUUCUUUUGGAACCUGAACAUCCGACAGGCUUCUGCAGCCAAUCAGAAGCCACAAUUUGGGUUUCGAACGUUUUGGAAGUCAAACAGACUUCCGGAAUGGAUUCUGACUUCCAAAGUACUGUACAACUGUACACAUGAUUAUACUGUCAAUGAACCCAAGACUGGUAAUGCUAAAUCAGUCCAUGGUUUUGAACAACCUCACUUUGCUUUCUUGCAGAUAGACUGUGCAUCUCUUAAGCAGGUCAAAUGACAAUCCAUACAUAUUAUAUAAAAUACAAUAUGGUAUAGUAUCAUUGACACUCCCCCCAAUGGUUUUCAGUACCAUCCCCUUCCUCUAUUCUCUACUUGCCUCAGUUCCUUUUCUGUGUUUUAUUAAAUAGUAAGAUAGACCUAUAACUUGUAACUGCUGCCACCCUCAUGACUUCCGCCCCACCCCAAGCAUCACACUGAACAUAGUGGAAUGACAAGUACUUUCAACUGUACAGCUGGGAUAGCGUCUGUAAUACUUUCCCCUUUUAGUGUGUGAUGUCUUAGUCCUCGCAACUUGUUAUUGUUUAUACUCUUUCUUUUCUUCUUUUUAAUAUCUAAUUCAUUUGUAACUGAAAAUCCAUAAAAUAUAAAUUUAAAAAGAACAUUUUUCUAAAAAAAGAAAGUUACAAUACCUUCUUCUUCUUUGGCGAGCCCUCGUACACGGUCUUAAAAGUGAGUCCGUAGGUGACUGUGGAGACCAAUUCUGGCUCCACACGUCCUUCCAUGUGGGGACAUAGGUUUCUGGGCAAGAGUUGAUCACGGUGAGGGUUCCUUCCUCUUAGCACAUUCUCCCUUUUGUCCUGAGUUUGAGUGUCUUCAAAGCCCAUGACAUCUUUGGUAAAGUCUGUUAUCCGACUGGAGUGCUUUCAGGCCAGUGUUUCCAGUUGUCAGUGUUUAUAUGGCAUUUUUAAAGAUUUGCCUUGAGAGAGUCUUUAAACUUAUUUUGUUGACCACCAGCAUUACGCUUUCCAUUUUUAAGUUUGAAAUAGAGCGGUUGCUUUGGAAAACAAUAAUCAGGCAUCCGAACAACUUUACCAGUCCACCAAUACAACCAAUACUAAGCAGCACACAUAGGAGCCAACUCCUAGAGGCUAUGAGGGCUCCCCCCAAAAAAAAAAAUAUUUGAAGAGGUGGGCCCUCCAAAGUUGAUGGGCACUGCUAUUCACAUGGUGUGUGUGCACUGUGUCAUGUGAUUGAUUAUGCGGGACGGGACUUACCUGGGCCCCCACAAUAUUUUAUUCAAGUUGGUACCCCUGACAACACAUGUUCUUGUUACAGACUUAUGGCUAUGAACAUAUACUGACUUUAAAUAAUCUAGAAAAGGCUGGACUCUUGAAGACCCAGUUAACCAGUAGAAACAACUACCCAACAAUUCGGAAAACUCUGCGUCUGUGGAUGGAUGAUGUCAAUGAACAGGUAAGUGCUUCAUCACACAGUUACGGCAUUGCUAAAAAAUUUAUGAAAUGCACUGUGGUGAGAAGCUGCUCUUCAUUGAUCCCACUUCCUUCCAUCCUUCCUGCAGAAUCCCAACGACAUCUCUUAUGUAUACAGUGGCUAUGCUCCUCUAAGUGUGCGCCUGGCACAAUUGCUUGCCCGCCCAGGGUGGCGAAGCAUAGAAGAAGUGUUAAAGAUGCUUCCAGGACCACACUUUGAAGAGAGGCAGCAAUUGCCAACAGGGCUUCAAAAAAAACGUAGGUAUCUUUGGACACACAAUUUGUGUUGUAAUAGUGUGCUUAAAGGGCUGCUAAUGACAACUGCAGCUUCACCCGCAGUACAGUGGCUUCUUGUUAACACUGGAGCUCCAGUGCAAACAAAGGCUUCCUUGUUCCUAGAGGGUGCAAGUUUGUAUGGACUUUUUUUAAAAAUGGCCAUGCAAUUUCAACCCCUCUUCUUGCAUGUUGCAGCUCAUAUGGAGCCCUGGAUCAGAUGCAUGGGUUCAGCCUCCCACAACUCCCACUGAUUUCAAUGCAGUGCAGGCAUUCCCAAUGGGUUGGGCCUUGUAUCUGAGUGAUAGAUGUUGCAUAUUUAGUCGCUGUGGCUUCAUUCUGCCUAGGUUAGCUUCCCUCUUCCAAAUUGCAGCAUAGAAACCUUCUUGUCAAAUAAACAAUCUAAAACCAAGCUUGGGGAAGUGAGGGCUGGGUAGGUGUUGUGUUGCAUAAAAAAUAAAUUCAAAGUCAGUUUUCCACUCUCUACCUUGUAAACAAUCCAGGUCAGCAUGGAGAAAACAGAGUCACUCUGGUAUUUUUCCUGGGUGGAGUGACGUAUGCUGAAAUUGCAGCUCUCCGCUUUCUGUCUCAAAUGGAAGAUGGGGGCACAGAAUAUGUCAUUGCAACAACUAAACUCAUCAAUGGAACAAGCUGGGUCAAAUCUCUAAUGGAGAAGUUGGAGCCUCCACCCUUUUAGAACGAGAAUCUGCACAACGAUCAAGAGACACCAUAACUUGAUAGGUGUAAUGAUGAGAAGCAGAGAAGAGGUAUCCUGGCAGUGCGAAUGGAAGCUGGCCUUGCUGCUGGAUACAGGGCAGAAAGCGUGGUGUUCUUGCAGACUCUGCCCAUAACUUUGCAAGAGGCUGAUGCCUCUCUGAAAGAGGGAACGAUAAAAGAAAUGAAAUGCCUUGAAGAUGGUUCCUUACAUUGCUUUCUGAAAAAUAAGCUUGGGAGGAAACUUAAAUAAUGUGGCCUGUGCUUUGACUGGGCCCUGCAGUGGAUCCACUAUCAUUAUUCCCAGGUUAUCUAUCUGUUUAUUGCAGUUUCUAAGCAUCUCUUUGGGAAUUAACAUAUUCCACAAUUCCAUACAUCUCUCAGGAAGAUUUCCCUGAUACUUCACUUCACCCCCUCCAUCCUUUGUACUGUCACUUUAUUUUUUGAGUUCUGCCUCUUAAUGCCAUUCUUAAACUUUCUCGGCAAGUGAUGUUGUAUAACGUUUGUAGACCUGUACAUGGCUAUGUCUCCUCUUAGGCCACCAUUCUGCAAGUCCUAUUGAAAGCAUGUUCUAAAACCCUGAAUAUGUAAGUUUACAAAUGGCUUCAGUUCUUUGGUCCCGACCAUUUAUAUGAUGCUGAUGGUAACACCUCUAUUCUCUCAACCCAUGCUUUUCUUUCCACACAUCCUGAGACAUACAGCAACAAAAUCUGAUUCCCCCCUCUCCAACAAUUCUCUGCAGAAACGAGGGAGUUCUCAGUUUUUCUUGUGUGCUGUAAAUGUAUCUAGAUCUCUGUCAGCUUUUCCUUAAAAACUUACUUAAAAGCUUUACAUUAAGUAUGUUUGUAACAUGUACAGUGAAUGUAAUGGGUGGGGAUUGCAAAAAGAUCCGGGAUCAUUUUGGUGUGCCUCCAGUUUUUACUGGUUCUCUCUGAAGACAGCAGUGGUCAGAUUAAUGCUGAUAACCUUUUUGAGGGUGCUGGAGUUCUACAUGUGUAAAUUCAAGGAGACAAAUGUUGAUUAUAAAGAUGCAGUUCCAAUGGUUUUCCAUUGUGUGUAUAUGUUGUAUUAGACAUACAAAUAAGUAUUAAAUUGUCUUUAUUAUUCAUCGAAAUAAGUUCUCAAGACAAAGUCAUCUCGGAUAUUUAAAUUUCAGGGCACUGCUGUUGCAGAGUGUUGUGGUCAGACUUGUUUAAUCUUGGUAAAGAUACAUAGAGAGAUGGUGGAACAUGUAGGAACUUUUGCACGUCUUGGGUUGUGGAGGGACAAAGAUGGAUCAUGACUUUUGUCUCUGACAAUUAGGGGAUAGUGGAGAAAUUUGAUUCAGUUUGUAUUUAAAGGCAAAUCAACGUAAUUCACACCUACUGAAACAUAACCAACCUUUGAAAUUUGCACUUCUCCAGCCCAAGUAAUGUAUACAAAAAAAAAUGUACUGGUGGAAAAUGUGUAUCAAAUGCAUAUAUUAGUGAAAAUAACAUACAAAAACUGCAUUAAAUUAGGGGACACUGCUUUGCAAAAAUGUGUAUAUUACUCAAAAUUGCAUACAAAAAAAUUAUAUUAAGAAGAAUUUGCACUAAAUGCUGACGAAAUGUCAUAAACACUUUUUAAAAAUCCUCAAACUGAUUGUGAAAUGUAGAAAACUGAAGAUGGGGAAAAUGAGAACUGAGAAAAGCCACAAUUGAUGGAUUUGCCUUUCUCCUGAUAGUUCACCUGAACAUCCAGGUGCUUUUCUCAGUCAUUGCUCCUGGAGACUUGCUUGCUCUUAACUUUUAAGUUGUGUUGCAUGUCAAGUUCUAGCACAUUCUCUUGGGUAUUCCAGAGGGAGAAGCAUUCUCACAAAGCAAAUCCAGUGUUGUAGCACUGUUCCAUCAACUCAAUUUUUGUAUGAGCUUAAAAGUUCCCUAAAAGUAAUUUUUUUGUGCCCUGAAACUAAAUUAAUUUGGUUUCUUUUGCCUUCCGUGGAGUCAGGAUUUCCCAAUAAAGAAUGGACAACUAUAAAGAUAAACAAGAAAAGUAACUACUAGAAUUUAUAAUUCAAGCAAAACAUGCAAGUGCCAAAUUCGCAAGGAAAAUAGUUCUUUCUGCAAUUGUUAAUGUGUACUAAUUGUUCUGUAUCAGAAGCACAAGUAAAUGAAUCUCCUUCAGAACAAGUACGUGAUACUUUCACAUUAAGCUUCAGUUAUUGCUGUAAAGGCAAUUGUGUCCUUCAUUGCUUUCUUCAAAUUUCCAGGGCCAGUUUAUAGAUUUGUACAUGAGGAAGAGCUUGCAUGUUUCUGGGGGAAAGCUGGCAUUUUUCACCAUAUUACUGGGGGAGUAAUUGCAUCCUAAAUGGCUUCCUGAGUAGCUUGAUUUUGAUCUGUUUGUGGGGAAGGCCUUGCUUAUCCCAAGGAUGAUAAUUUGAUAAUGAGGGUGCCUGAUUAAAUUUAGAGUCCAUUUGCUAAGCUAUAAUGCAUCUCAGUGAAACAUGUCACUUUAAAUAGAGAUGCUUUCAUCUGAAAUAACCAGAAGGAGGCAGGCAGCAUUAAGGGUAAAAAAUAAACUAUUUUUAAAGUGUAGGUGAGUGUGGUACUUGUCUGAUAAAGGGUGUGUACAGACACAAUUUGAGCAGUAAGCCUGCUGAGAAAGCACUUGCCAUGUGGUGUUAAGAGGAAAUAUAUCUUGGACUGAGCUCAGGAAACCAGACUUGUGUUUACAGCAGAAGUCGCCUUUAAAUGUUGCUGUAAUGUUCUGGAGAAGCUGUGACAAUUUUUCUUCUGUGCAAAAUGGACUUCUAAGUGUGAUGUGUAUAUAGAAGACUCUGGGUCUGACACUUAUAAUAAUUUAUUAUUUAUACCCCGCCCAUCUUUCUGGGUUUCCCCAGCCACUCUGCCACUCUGGGCAGCUCCCAACCAAAUAUUAAAAACACAAUACAGCAUUAAACAUUAAAAACUUCCCU